AUGAGUGUGGGGGUGCACCGAGAGGACUCGACAACUUCUCUGCCUGUGUUACAAACAGACCUCAAGAGUGGAAAACUCCAGCCCAGUGCCCGGAGCACUCGGUUUUCCGGACCCAAGCAGCCGCGGCUCCGCCCCUCGGUUUCCCACCCUGCCUGGCCACGCCUCUCCUCUCCUAACCCGGCCCGGGCCCCGCCCCCGCCACCUCCCACCACCAUUCCCUUCGGCUCCUGGUUCCUGCUAGGUUCGGCAGCAGUGGGAGCGCGCAGGCGCGGCUGGAGGCUCGCAGAGCUCAGAGUAGCGGCGCGGGGCGCGCGGACCGGGAGGCUCGCCAAGGGCGCUGGAGGGUGUCCCAGCUUCAAGUUCAGUAUCCCCUUCUGGGUGCCCCUGAGCGACGUCCCGGGCCCAUCCCUUCCCCCGCCCCGCCUCUCAGAGUGCGGAGUUGCCAGGAACGUUCCUGGUUUGGGGGAAGAGGAUUUGGGGAAGGCAGUGGCGGGUGACAGCGGGGGCGGGUCGGUGGGAGGGGGGCGCGUACGAGGUCGCGGUGUGGUCCUGGGGGACGGGGGCGGGGGCCGGCGUGGAGGGAGUGGAAGGAAGGGAACAACCUUCCUGCCUCAGCUUUUUCCUUCUUCCUGGUCCGCUGAUUUUGAUCAGUGCUCCUUAGUUUUCCUCACAGGAGAAAAAGCCAAUUCAGUAUUGAAACGCUACCCAAGAGCUAAUGGACUUUUUGAAGAAAUAAGACAGGGCAACAUUGAACGUGAAUGCAAAGAAGAAAUCUGCACAUUUGAAGAAGCAAGAGAAGCUUUUGAAAAUAAUGAGAAAACUAAGGAGUUUUGGAACACCUACACAAAAGCCCAACAAGGAGAGAGUAACCGAGGAAGUGACUGGUUUCAGUUUUACCUUACCUUUCCAUUAAUCUUUGGCCUCUUCAUUAUCCUUCUUGUCAUUUUCCUAAUUUGGAGAUGCUUCCUCAGAAACAAAACUCGCAGACAGACAGUAACUGAAGGCCACAUUCCUUUCCCUCAGCACCUUAAUAUUAUCACUCCGCCUCCCCCACCAGAUGAAGUGUUUGAUAGCAGUGGAUUGUCACCAGGCUUCCUGGAAUAUGUAGUUGGGCGCUCAGAUUCUGUCUCCACUCGCCUAUCCAACUGCGAUCCUCCACCCACCUAUGAGGAAGCCACUGGCCAGGUGACCCUCCGGAGGAGUGAAACAGAACCUCAUUUAGACCCACCCCCAGAGUAUGAGGACAUCAUCAAUUCCAACUCAGCCAGUGCCAUUGCCAUGGUGCCUGUGGUCACCACCAUCAAAUGA